AUGGCGCUGAGGGAGCUCAAAGUGUGUCUGCUGGGGGAUACAGGUGUGGGUAAAUCAAGUAUUGUGUGGCGGUUCGUGGAAGACAGUUUUGAUCCGAACAUCAACCCAACAAUAGGGGCAUCUUUUAUGACCAAGACUGUCCAGUACCAAAAUGAACUACAUAAAUUCCUCAUCUGGGACACAGCUGGACAAGAACGAUUUCGUGCCUUAGCGCCAAUGUACUACCGAGGCUCGGCUGCAGCUAUAAUUGUUUACGACAUCACGAAAGAAGAGACAUUUUCAACAUUAAAGAAUUGGGUAAAAGAGCUUCGGCAGCAUGGCCCACCCAAUAUUGUAGUUGCCAUUGCAGGAAAUAAGUGUGAUCUUAUCGAUGUAAGAGAGGUCAUGGAGAGAGAUGCCAAGGACUACGCUGACUCCAUCCAUGCAGUCUUUGUAGAGACAAGUGCGAAGAACGCGAUAAACAUAAAUGAACUCUUUAUAGAAAUUAGUCGAAGAAUUCCAUCCACUGACGCUAGCCCGCCUUCUGGCGGAAAGGGCUUCAAACUCCGCAGACAGCCUUCGGAGCCAAAGCGGAGCUGCUGCUGA